AUGGCGAGGUUCAUUCGUGACGACCUCGCGAGCGCCCGCUACAAGGGCGUAGAGUCGAUCGAGGCGCUGGCUGACGAGCUCGGCAUUGCGGUCUCGUCGAUCAUCAAGCUCAAUGCCAAUGAGAACCAGUACGGGGUGCCCGAGGCGUGUGCGGCAGCGAUGAGCGCCGCCAUCAACGUCACCACCCAUGUGUAUCCGGAUCCAAGCCAGGCCAAGCUCCGGGGUGCCGUGGCAGAGCUGCAUGAGCUCGGGCCCGAGUCUGUUGUUGCCGGUGCUGGCUCGGACGACAUUCUCGACAUUAUUCUGCGCGCGACUGCGCCCAAGAUUGUGGCCUACGCGCCGCCGACCUUUGGCAUGUACUCCUUCCUCGCCAAGGUCAACGGUUCGAUCGAGCAGGUGCUCAUUGAGAGAACGCCCGAGUUUGGCGUCACGGCCGCGUCCGUUAUCGCGAGUGUGAGCGAGGCGCUCGCUGACGGCGGCCACGGCGUCGUCUUUCUACCAUCGCCCAACAACCCGACCGGCAACCUGGUGGCACUCGGCGAGGUGCGUGCCAUGUGUGCCGCGCUCCCGAACGCCAUCAUUGUUCUCGACGAGGCGUACAUCGACUUUGCACCGGCCGGCGCCUCUGCCGCGGGCCUCAUCGGUGAGUAUGACAACCUUGUUGUCUGCCGCACCUUUUCCAAGUGGGCCGGCCUCGCCGGGACACGGAUCGGGUACUGCCUCGCCGAUCCUCAGCUUGUUGCCACCUUUCUCGCCAUCAAGCAGCCGUACAACGUCAACUGUGCGGCAGAGGCAGGCGCGCUGGCGGCGCUCGGCGCGCGCGACGACAUCCUGGCGUCGUCGGUCUCGCGGCUCAUUGUCGAGCGGCGCAACGUGUUUGUCCAGCUCGCAGCGCUAGCGCCACUGGUAGUCCCGGUCCCGUCGUCGGCCAACUUUGUCCUCGCGCGCAUUGCAGACACCGCGCCGCUGACUGCAGGCGAGCUUGCGUCUGCGCUCCGCGCCGCCGGCAUCCUCAUCCGCUACUUUAACAAGCAGGGCGGCGACCUCGAGGCUUACAUCCGGAUCUCGGCCGGUAAGCCGGCAGACACUGCGGUAGUGAUAGGAAAGAUCCGUGAGCUGCUGGGAGCCGCACCCGCGCCACCGCCGGUUCUCGCCAACCCAGGCAUCGAGGCGGUGCUCUUCGACAUGGACGGUGUGCUCGCCGACGUCGGCGCCUCGUACCGGGCGGCCAUUGUCGCCACGGCGAAAGCGUUUGGUGUCACCGUCACCGCCACCGACAUCGAUGCGGCCAAGGCGGCCGGCAACGCCAACAACGACUGGCUGGUAACCCGAGCGCUCAUCGCCGCCAGCGACGACGCGCCGCAGCCGCUGCCGACGCUCGACGAAGUGACUUGUCAGUUUGAGGCGCUCUACCACGGCGAUGGCAGCACCCGCGGCCUCUACGCCAACGAGACACUCGUGGUCGCAGCCGACUUGCUCCACUCGCUCAAACAUGUUGCCGGGCUCAAGCUCGCCGUCGUUACCGGCCGCCCGCGCGAUCCGGACGCCACCCGCUUCCUUGACGACUUUGGCCUCACCGGGCUCUUUGACGCCGUCAUCACCAUGGACGACGGCCCGGCCAAGCCAUCGCCGGUCCCGAUUCAACUCGCGCUUGACGCACUCGGCGUAGCACCAAGCGCCGCCAUCAUGCUCGGCGACACGGUCGACGACGUCGCCGCCGCCCUCGCCGCCUCGGUCCCCGCGCUCGGCGUCAUCCCACCCGGCGCUGGCGAGCCGGAUGGCCUUGCCAAAGUCCUCACGCUCGCCGGCGCAAGCUACGUCAUGGGCCCGGGCUGCUUCGAGCUUGCGCACCUGAUCACCCGCUAGUCUGGUCACGAGGUAAACCGUGGAAUCGUGGCA